CAGUGCGCCUUCCCUCUGCCCUCUCUCAGAAGCACAUCCACCUCCAUGGGGACCUGCUGCUGAGCACCGGUCGCUGGUUCUACAGCACCCUUGGUUUGAUGGAUUGGUGUUGAACGGAUUUUUUUUUUUUUUUUUUUUUUUGCCUCUGUCAACUUUUUCCAAAAUUAUACCUGGAGUUCGUUUGUGGAAUAAUGGCUAGGGUGUCUUUUAUUGUUUUUUUCAGUCUGGAACUUUGCUAUGUUGCUGCUAUCGAGCUGCGCUUCACGUCCGACCCCCCAACGCUGAACGUCCACGGCGUCCACAGGAUGAACAAAUCCGACAACCUGGAGCUCACAUGCAGGGGCCGGCAGUACCUGCGAUGGACCACCCCUCCCACCAGCGCUCGCGUUUCCAUCAUCGACUGUAGCGGAUCGGGACUCUUUUGCACGGAGCUGCGGAUCACCAACGCCACCGUCAAUGAGACGGGACAGUACCGGUGUUCCUACCGUGAUCUCAAAGCCGAAAGCGGCAAGACGUCGGUGGCGGUUCACGUUUUUGUUCACGAUGACAGGGUGCCGUUUGUUCCGUCCGAGAAGGCGUACGAGCCGGUGUUUAUCCGGGAAGGCGAGCGGGUGGUCAUCCCGUGUCGAGGAUCUCUGGAAAACCUCAAUGUGACACUUCAUAUUAAAUAUCCAAACAAAGAGUUCCAUCCCGACGGGAAAGAUGCCAUGUGGGACGCCAGGACCGGCUUCACUAUUCCCAGCCAUCUGAUCAGCUACGCCGGCAUCGUGUCCUGCCAGACUCGCAUCGGCGACGAGGCGUUCGAGUCCCCCCUCUACGUGGUGGCUGUCGUCGGAUACAAGAUCUAUGACCUCACCCUGAUCCCCGGGCAACUCAGGCUGUCGGUCGGGGAGCGACUGGAGCUCAGCUGUACCGCGUACACUGAACUCAACGUGGGCAUCGAGUUCAACUGGACUCACGCCGGCCUGCCUUUGACGUCAGGCAACGGUUCGAGGGCGGCUCACAUGACGCCGCACAAGAAAAAGCACUGGGACUCGCUGGAGCUGUCCAACAAGCUGGUGGUGGACAAUGUGACGGUGGAGCACACCGGCGAAUACACCUGCACCGCCUCCAGCGGAGCCAUGGAGAAGAGCGCCUCGGCUUUUCUCAAGGUCCACGAGAAGCCGUUCAUCGACAUAAAGGAGCCAUGGACUAAGGUGUGGGAGGUAAAUGUGGGAGGCUUGAUGUCCACUUCCAUACCCGUCAAGUACUCGGCCUACCCAGAACCAGACUUUAAAUGGUUAAAAAACGGCCUCCCCCUGAAGGAGGAGCACCGGAUCAAGCAGAGAAGCGACGCCCUCAUCUUACGCGGCGUCGCCGAAACGGACGCGGGGAACUACACCAUCGUCCUCAGCAACAAGAUCACCAAAGACGAGCAGAGGAGAUCUUUCCAGCUUCUGGUCAAUGUUCCUCCUCAUAUCAUCGAGAAGGAGGUGGUGGUGGUGGACGCCGACGUGUUCCUGUUCGGCAGCAGCCCCGUCCUGCGAUGCACCGCCCGGGGCUUCCCCACACCCACGCACAUCCAAUGGCAGUGGAUGUCCACGGGCGACUGCCCGCAGGCCUUCGUGCCGGGACUGUCGAAGUCUGAGGCGCAAAUAGUCUCCUGCAAAGCGUGGCGCGACAUCGGCAAUGGGACCACGCACAACCCCGUGGAGCGGAUCUCCACUAAUGUCAAUCACGGCCAGAAGAAAAUGGUGAGCUCCUUGAAGUUCCGGAAAGCCGAGGUCCACGCCCUGUACCGAUGCACGGCUGCCAACAAAGUGGGAAAGGAUUCCCGGGUCAUUUUCUUCCACGUCACUCGCGGCCUGGAGCUGAGCGUGUCGCCGUCCAGCGAGCCCCUGGAGGAGGAACGCGUGACCCUGCGCUGUAAGGCCGACGGGCUGAUGUACGGCAACCUGGCCUUGUUCCGCGUGACCAACGCGUCCGGGUGGGAGCGGGCUGUGGCCGUGCAGCCGUGCCGCUCGUUGGAGCUGCCGCCGACGCCGCUGCUGCGCCUCGGCGGGUCGAACGGCGGGCACGGCACCAACGUGAGUUUGGAGCUGCUGUUGCCCAACGCUUCCCACCGGGACGAGGGCCUGUACGCCUGCCAGGUGGAAAACAUCAAGACCAAGGAGAGGAGUUGCCUGCUGCGCCUGCUGUCGCUUAGAGGUCUCGAGGCUCCGAGCAUCCUCAACAAUCUCACCGACCAAAGAGUCAACGUGAGCGCCACCGUCACGCUCCUGUGUGACGCCGCCGGCACGCCCGACCCAACCGUGGUGUGGACCAAAAACAACCACACGUUGGUGGAGGGCUCCGGCGUGAUCUUGAGCCGGCGCGGUCACGUGCUGACCAUCCAGCGCGUCAAGAAGGACGACGGCGGCUUGUAUGGCUGCACUGCUUGCAACAGCCGCGGAUGCGACACCUCACAGGCCUUCUUGACUACUGAAGGCGCGGAGGAAAAGACCAACGUGGAGCUGAUCAUUCCCAUCGGAUCUGUGGUCAUCGCCAUGUUUUUCUGGCUCCUGAUCGUCUUUGUCAUCCGCGGGAGAAAGAGAUCCAACGGUGGCGAUCUAAAGACGGGCUACCUCUCCAUGAUCCUGGACUCAGAAGACGUGCCCAUGGACGAGCAGUGUGAGCGGCUCACUUAUGAUGCUAACAAGUGGGAAUUCCCUCGGGACAGGCUGAAGCUCGGCGAUCCGCUGGGACGAGGCGCGUUCGGCCAGGUUGUGGAAGCCGCCGCCUUCGGCAUCGAGAAAAUCGCCACCUGCACCACCGUUGCCGUCAAGAUGCUUAAAGAGGGAGCCACGUCCAGCGAGUACCGAGCUUUGAUGUCGGAACUGAAGAUCCUCAUCCACAUCGGACAUCACCUCAAUGUGGUCAACCUACUGGGAGCCUGCACCAAGCCUGGUGGCCCUCUCAUGGUCAUCGUGGAGUACUGCAAACAUGGAAACCUGUCCAGCUACCUGAAGAGCAAGCGAGGAGAAUACAGUCCAUAUAAGAGAAAGAGAAUGGACAGCCAGAGGUGGACGUCUGCAGAGGAAGACGACGUGACCGAAGGAGAUCUCGGCCUGGGGAAGAUCGCAAAGCUGGACAUCUGCACGGGAACGGCCGACAGAGCUUCAGGCUGCCACCUGAAUCCUCAGGACGAGAGCACAGACGAAGACCACCUGACCAUGGAAGACCUGAUCUGCUACAGUUUCCAGGUGGCCAAAGGCAUGGAGUUCCUGUCCUCUCGCAAGUGCAUCCACAGAGAUCUGGCCGCCAGGAACAUCCUGCUUUCUGAGAGCAAUGUGGUGAAGAUCUGUGACUUUGGUCUGGCCAGGGACGUCUACAAGGACCCCGACUACGUCCGUAAGGGAGAUGCACGACUCCCUUUGAAGUGGAUGGCUCCGGAGACCAUCUUCGACCGGGUGUACACCACCCAGAGUGAUGUCUGGUCCUUCGGGGUCCUUCUCUGGGAGAUCUUCUCACUGGGAGCGUCGCCCUAUCCCGGCGUCUGCAUCGACGAGACGUUCUGCCGAAGGCUUAAAGAAGGCACCAGGAUGAGACCGCCAGAGUACGCCACCUCGGAGAUAUAUCAGACCAUGUUGGACUGCUGGCUGGACCGUCCCACGGACAGGCCCACCUUCGCCGAACUGGUAGAGCAUUUGGGCAACCUGCUGCAGGCCAGCGCUCGUCAGGACGGCAAGGACUACAUCCCGCUGACGGCAGGAGGCGACGUGGCGGGAGCUCCGGGUUACGCCACGCCUCAGAGCAGAGACAUCCUGGAAGCUCAGCCGCACUACGACAACGCUCUGUCUCUCGGGCAGGGCGAAAUCUGCAGCCGGAGGCUCAGCGUGAAGACGUUUGACGACGUCCCCGUGGAGCACAGCAGUGUCAUGGAGGGUCACCUGGACUGUUCACCCGAUGAAGCAAAACGUUUGAGUCCACAGCUCCUAACGACGCCCAGCUUGAGCCAGCUUCUACGCUGCAAAAGCAAAGAGUCGCUGGCGUCCGAAUCGUCCAACCAGACGAGCGGCUACCAGUCGGGCUACCACUCGGACGACGCCGACGCGCCGGUCUACGCCAACGAGGAGGCCAUUGUCAAGCACAGCAUGUUCCUGAAGAAGCAGAAGCCUUCUCCUGUGCUUUCCGUGCCCAAGUUUGGCGCGGAGAUCCGCUACAGCACGCCGCCCGUCUGACCCUCGGAACCAUCCGGUCUUGUACAGUGUUAUGUUGAACAAUAAGUAGCGCUGCAGUGUUGUUGUUGUUGGCGUCGUAAAUCAACCGGAACAAAAAUGAGGGUUGACUGACGAGAGGGUGUAAACUAUCCCGGCUAUCGUGUUUACCCAGUAAGCUAACGGGAGCGCUCGCUUCCUGUACGGCAGGAAACGUCGCCGCAGAUUUUGGAGAUUGUGACGUCAGUACACGGAAUGCUUUUGUUUGGCACUGGAGGCAGUUCUCUUCUUUGGGUACAGUCGCUUAUUCGUACCCGCAAUUACAGUAUAUAUGCUAUCCAGAGAAUUCAUGUAACUAGUUUUGUAAAAUGAACUCAUUGGGGUUUUCCCACUAAUAAAGUGUUGGACAUUAAAAUAAAUAACAAAAAGCGGAUAAUCCAGAUUGAUUCUAUUUCAGUGACAUUUUACCAUUCUCUCAGUGGGAGGCCUGCAAUUGGCCUGAAAUGGCUGCGUCACACCAAAAUAGCCAACUUCCUGUUUGAUUUUGACCAUGGGUUCUUGAGACUUGUUCGUGUGUCCUGUUAUGAUAUGAAUGUCCUUAAAAUCUGGCGUCGAUAUACGUCAAACUUGUGUCAGCGGCUAAUCUUUACUAACCUUCCGAGAAUCAUCGAACUUCGAUGCCAAGCUUGGAUGCUACGAACCCAAAACGAUUGCUUCUGACAAACUUCGCUAACUUCCUGUUUGAUCUGAGGCAUAUGUAAAUAAGGAAAACAGCACUCUAUAAUGCUAUACUUUAUAAAAACAUAGAGUAAGAACAUCAGUAAAAAUAAUGUAAAGAAUUAAACAGUUUGUGUAUCACGAUUUAAUGCUUCAAUUCAAUUCAUUGUGCUGCUCCUUCUGGUGUGCCCGCUUGGGCCACCACAGGGCAGUAUAAUACAUUGAUACAGACAAACAAAGAAGAGUCAUCACUACUCUCAGUGACUCAUAAAGGUGCAAUAAUAAUAAUAAUAAUAAUAAUAAAAUAUUCGCAGAAGAUGAAAAAAAAAAAAUGCUGUCGAUGCUAAUUCCUAGCAUAUCGAUGGUGUUUUCUAUUACAUGUUAGCAUUAAGUUCGCGGGGUGCAAGGUGUAAUUGUCUUGGUUUUCUGUUUAGUUUGACUGUAAAUGUCAACUGCGAGUGGCAUUAAACAGCUCGAAGCCUUGCUCACUAUUUGCCAAAGUGCUGCUUGUGUUGAAGUGAGUUGAGUUCACCCUUUUACGUACUGCCAAAUUGAGUUGCACGCACCCCGUCUUACCACGGCCGAGUAGGUUUCUCGUCGUCAUCCCGAAUGGCGCGGCAAUCGCGGCCCGUCAUCCCGUUUUUCGUUCACGGUGGGCUAAAACGCGGCUGGCUGCCCCCGGUUGCCAGGAACAUCAUGUCAACACAGCCUGACCCUUUUCAACAAACCCGCCUUGUAAGAAUGAGCGUUGACGUCGCCUCUCAGCCUUUGAGCGGCUGACGAGGGACGAAGGCGCGUGGGAACGUGCCACUAGUGCGUUUUGUCUGCCAUCUCAUACAACGAAACACUGCUAAUUAUAGCACGUCGUACUACUAGAGACUGUCAGCAACAUAAUUUAGGACAACCUCAAACACACACACAGACACGCACACAUACUUAAACACUCUCCCUAGAUUUUUUAAGAAGCCCUUUACGUGCGUCGACAUGUAUGAUUUGCCACAAAGUAGCACUACAGUUGCAGAAUGAUAGUUAUGUAAUGGAAUAACUUUUUUUCCCCCCAUGUAAUAUUACUGUCUUACAUAUCAUUUUAUUGUGUGUGACACUAAUAAUGAAGACAUUAACACCAGAAACCAGGGCCUUUAAUUGUAUUCAGUGUGCUUUGGGCAAUUUUAUGGUUAUACAUACAUACCUGAAUUAAGAAUACAUAGCACAAAAUUUUAGUGCGAAUGGUUGGAGAAAAUCAACCUGAAUGUUAAGAGAGAAAACGAAAACGACAGCAACUUGUCACGCAGUGAAAAGCAAGACUGCCCUCUGUGGUACAAAGGAUGUCAUCACAUGGAGGACAUCCCUCGGUGAGGAUUACAACACUAAAGGGUUGAAUAUUUCAUAUUUAAAUAUCUGAGC